AUGGAUAAAAAGACCAUUGCUCUCUUAAAACUGAUAUACCUGGAAAUGUUUGGUUACGAUAUGUCUUGGGCAUCCUUCCAUGUGCUCGAAGUCAUGUCUUCCCCCAAGUACCUGCAGAAGCGUGUCGGUUACUUAGCUGCGGCGCAAAGCUUUCGUGCCGAAACAGAAGUUCUGAUGCUAGCGACAAACCUGCUCAAAAAGGAUGCCGUGUCGUCGUCAGUCAUAAAUCUCUCACUGCCACUAGCAACAUUGCCACAUAUAAUCACGCCUUCACUUUCGAUGUCCUUGCUCAAUGAUUUGCUCCCGAGGCUUUCCCAUUCAAACACGACGGUUCGCAAAAAAACGGUCGUUGUGCUCUAUCGUAUGGCUCUAGUCUAUCCGGAAACCUUGAAACUAGCGUGGCCAAAGAUGAAGGAACAUCUGAUGGAUGACAACGAGGACAACAGUGUCAUUGCUGCAACAGUCAACGUUGUCUGUGAACUUGGGUGGAGAAGACCGCACGAUUUCCUUCCCUUGGCCCCAAGGCUCUUUGAGCUUUUGGUUGAUAGUGGAAAUAAUUGGAUGGCCAUCAAAAUCAUAAAACUAUUUGCAACACUCAUACCUUUGGAACCUCGUCUAAUCCGGAAGUUGAUGCGACCACUAAUAAGCAUUAUCCAAACCACAUCUGCAAUGUCCCUCCUUUACGAAUGUAUCAAUGGAAUCAUCCAAGGGGGCGUCCUCGGCGAAGCCGAAGGCACCCAAGAAGGUGAUGAGAUUGCUAGUUUAUGUGUGACGAAACUCAGAGGGAUGGUUGUUAUGGAUGCUGAUCCCAAUCUCAAGUAUGUCGCGCUUCUUGCAUUCAAUCGCAUUGCGGUAUCGCACCCCGAGCUUGUAGCAAUGCAACAGGCUGUCAUCAUGGAUUGUCUAGAUGACGCGGACAUCUCUAUUAGACUCCAGGCGCUUGAGCUUGUUGUUCAGGUGGUCACAUCAGAUUCUUUGCAAGGUAUUGUCGAUCGUCUCAUUUCCCAAUUGCUUAAGGGUCAUGAUUUGGAUCUGGAGCACAAUAAGGAGACAUCCCAAGAGAUUGGUUCCGAUACCAGUUCUCAACUAUCCAGACCGCAGACUGGGAACCAAAAACUUCCGUCAUCGAUUGACCUGCCGGCUGAAUAUAGGAACGAAGUUUUCAUUCGUAUCCUCGACAUCUGUUCUCGGGAUAAUUAUUCUGAUAUCAUUGAUUUCGAGUGGUAUGUCAACGUGUUGGGACAAUUGAUGAGACUCCUGCUUCGCCUGAACGUGGGCAGCUUUACCUUUUACAGUGAUGAUUCUAUACAAGACUCCCCAGAAGCCGAUAUCGCAAUGAGAAUAGGGUCCGAAAUUCGCAAUAUUGCAGUCCGUGUGAAAGCAAUCCGCAAGGAAGCCACUGGGACGGCUGAAUCGUUUCUUUUCCUGGCUGAUCAUCAGCAAACACAGCGCACUGUUAUAUCUCCAUAUAUCGGAGCGCUUGGGCCGGCGGCCUGGGUAGCAGGCGAAUUUGCGGAAUACCUGACCUUCCCUGAUCGUGUUCUCAACAUACUCAUCAACCCAAAUAGUGCGACAUUGCCUAGUGGGACGUUGGCUCUCUACCUUCAAGCAAUGCCCAAGGUGUUCUUGCAGCUGUUAUCCUCUCGACUGGAAUACAACACAAGCUCGUACGCCGAGCUUUCUAUCAUCCUUGCACGCCUGAUCACAUUUCUUGAAGAGCUAGGGGCACAUCCUGAUUUAGAUGUUCAAGAGAGGGCGACUGAAUUCCUCGAACUUCUACGCUUAUCAAAGGAUGCCUUAGAGCCACGAUUAGAUGAAACCCAACAGCCGCCAUUUUUACUAACCGGAGUUAUUCCCGGUAUUUUCAGAGGGUUUGAUCUGAACUCCGUAGCAAUCGGUGCGCAGAAGAAAGUUCCGCUUCCUGGGAACCUAGACCUGAAUGAACCAAUAAACGAUAUUCUGCCACGAUCCCUCGAUGGAUCUAUGGAAUCAUGGCUGGAGGCUGAAGGAUAUAGCAGUAUUCACAGUUUUUAUUACACACAACAGGAUCUGACACCUGUUCAGUGGGAUAUUUCGUCAGGAGCACAAUCAGACAACAGCUCCCAAAUCGCGGAACACUCGAAGGAGUCUACCAAAUCUUCUGAUUACCGCUCAGUUCGCCGGAAUCAGAACAGAGAUGACCCCUUUUAUAUUGGACAGGAAGACGAAGGUUUCAAGAGGACCGGUCCUUAUAACGUUCUCGACUUUCAAAACGAAGAUCUCGAUAUAGAUUCUAUCCCUAUUAUUGAUCUCAAGGCGGGAGGCGGAACUGGUAAUGAUUCCACGACAGGUAUUCAAAACAUCGAGGCAGGAGUUCGCACGCGACCUGAAAAGUUUGAAAUUGCCGCCGAUGAGACGAUUGAUAUUGAUGAAAAUUUGUCUCCGGAGACCAUUGAAAACAAGGCCGACUCUAAGGCCCGUUUACAACGAAAUCUACUACAGGUGGAUUCUAGUGGACUCCAACGUUUGACUCUUAGUGAUACUCAACAAACGCUACUCGAACCAUCCCGACCCGUCCAGGGUCCAGAGGAGCUGGAGAUGGCCGAGGCUAUGCGGAAGAUAGAAGGCCUUCGGUUGAAGAUGCAAAGAGAAUCCGAGCGUGUCAAUGUUGAUGGAAUACCUCCGGAUGGAACUCUUAUAAAGAAAAAGAAGACGAAAAAGAAGAAAAAGCCAACGGCCACUGAUUUAUCCGACGCAAAUACAGGGGCGUCUGGUCCAUAG